AUGGACCAAGGUCAAACUCGUGCGUUCGUGUACUCCUCAUUCGUCCGCAUCGAAAGGAGUUUCUCGAGGACCUGGUUACUGGGAAUGAGAGCUGGGUCCUCUACAACCCCGCCGUGCCGUCUAGAUCCCGCGCAGAGAACAGCCGCCGACCUGCACUUGCUGAAGACCAUGCUCUGCUGCUGGUACGACGCCAAGGGCAUGCUUUACUUCGAGCUGCUCCCGCAAAGCAGGACGGUCAGCGACUCCAUCUACACCGAUCAGCUCGAGAAACUAGCCGCCGCCAUCCAAGAAAAGCGUCCCCGACGGGCCUCGGUCCACCUGCUGGGGAAAAUUCCAGAAUCGCCAAAAAUGUUCUUUACAGGUGUGGUUUAGUUCAUUCAUCUAGUGGUAUUUUUUCUCCCCUUGCAAAAUCGCCAUACCAUUUCGAUGUUGCGAAAAUGAAGAGAUUGAUUGAUUCGAAUAAAAAAUUUAAUUAGACACUGAAAAUGUCGCUGAGAGCAUUUUUCAGCUUUAAAAGGGAAAUUUCGUCAAAACCGAGCAUUUAAUUUUGUAAAAAAAUAAAAAAAUAAUUCCAUCGCAAUGAAAAAUAAAUACCGUAAAUCAGAACAAAACAGAUAAAGAUAAAACUGAAAUAAACAUGAAAAAUCACGUGAAGCAUUUGAGCAACAAGAAAUUCGAAUGCUCGCGCGCAAAACUGUCUACCGUAUUUCUAGAUGGAGCAACCUUUAAAGUUCCGCUUUCGGUGAUUUUUUGGUGCAAAGGUGUCAAAUCAGUGCUUUUAGCGUGCUGCACCAGUGCGACACCAAAAAAGCACCAAAACUGCACGGUGCAGACUCCAGUUUUGCACCAGAGUGCAAAAAAGCAGAAUGCACCGUGCGCCAUCAGUGCUGACGAGUGCUGGUGAGAAACGACGCUCUGUGGAUGGCUCGCUCUCUGAUUGGUUUGAUCUUCGCACAAGGGGCGGAGUUUGAGCGAUGACUUGAAAAUCGAAUUCUGAACGGACUAUAAUUCUGUUUCUAUUGAAUAUAGUUUUUUUACAUCCAUUUUAUUGGUUUUCAGAUUUUCUGUGGAAUGAAGAAUUACGAAAGAAAGAGAAACAACUCAUGAAAUGGAAGGCGCAUGGGUAGUCGCCAUGAUCUACUUUCGCAUCGCAAAUUAAACCGGCUGUUUGCCGUCCCAAAUCAGCCGUGAAAGGGCUAUGAAUAUAUUGACUUUAAAUUCCAAAAAGGUUAUCCGGAAUCUUCACACUGAAUUGCCGGUUCUAGCACCGGUUGUUUCAGUUCAAGGUAUUGAAUAUCACCUUUUGUUUGCACUUAAAGAAGCAUUCGAAGGGCGUUCCCGCAAAGGUGUCAGGUGCGAGUGCGAGUGUUUGGUCAGAUCUUCUUCGUGGCUCUCGUAUACGAUGAUUCCUAGCCAUCUAUUUUUUCUUUUUUUGCUCCGUUAUUCUUAUGCAUUUAUUGUUGGGGGUUGUAUUGGCCCCAAAUCCGUCCUCGAGCGUAAUUUGAGCGAAAAACAGAAGGUCGAGUUGCGAAAGCUCGUCCAUUCUACUUUCGACGGAACCAACGCCAAAGAAGUGGGCAGAUAUUCUUUUGAACUUGGGAGAAGAACUCUAAAAGAACGUUAGGGACCCGCAUGAACUGAGAACUCUUAAUAAAGAGCGAAAUCAUACACGCCUUUAAAAAUUAUAAUUAUUUGUUUAAAUUUCUUACCUACCGCACAAUUUGACAGAAAAACAUGAAAAUCGAAUAUAACAUAGUAAAUAUCAUUGAGAUUAUAUAGAGAAAAUUUUAAAAAAGUCUUGCGGUAUCUUGAAAAAGAACUAAUAGUUCGAAUAGCGAAAAAUGGCGAGUUUUUACUUUUAUUCUGCGCGAGAUUACAAACACAGCGGAACAGAGGGCGACAAUAUGCUGUGAAAAAGAGUUUUCAGGCAAAAAAAUAAAUUUUUAUUUAAAAAAAUUUUAAUGUUACUUGUGGUUUUGAUAUUGAUAAAAAAACGAUAUUUAGGAUAGUUUAAACUAGAAAAAAGUGUGAAAAAAAGUUUUCUCUAUAGUGUAUUGUGCUUUUUUGAUUUUUAACGUCAUUAUGGUUAACGGAAUCCGGAAAAUUUUAUCAAAAGGUUCAGAAGGACAUUCUAUACUUCCCAAUAGAAAACUGAUUUGUAACUAGAACCUCUGUAACUCGGCUCAAACUUAACUUUUCUUUUAUAAACUGAAGUUUUUCGUGACACUGACCAGGGAUUGGACUCAGUUUACAGUGGAACUUCAGACGUUGUUUUCGCCGGCUGGUACCGAAUUUUUUCUUGAAAAUUGCCUCAAGGUUGAAAUUUCUUGAAGCUUCCGAUUUUCACAUUCAAAUUUUCUGAAAAUCGCUCGAGGUCAAGGUAAAUAACAGGUUCAAAUCAAGUUUGGAGAUUUUUCCAAGAAGACCUGUUUAAUCUGAAUUUGCAUACAUUUCCAUUCCGAUUAGAGUAUAAAAUUAUUCUCACGAAGGGCUGAAAAUAUGUAAAAACUCUAAACGCGCGUUUCGCGACCGUAACGCGUCAUAAAACUACGAAUUUCUUUUGAUAAUCGCUAUAUAAACCACACGUUUUUUCCUCAGGGGGAGUAUCAACAUAAAUAAAUAAUUCUUUCAUAUAUUUAAUUUCUUUCACGGAAGUAAAAUACUCUCUUUUUCGAACUUCUAUUCGAAAGAAAAGACGCGCAUUCAGGUUCUAAAAGACGUCAAUCAAUACGUCUUUAACCACGUCACCGACGAACAAUGGCUUUCUAUGGUUCCACGACUACAAGAAUAUCAAUCGAAGAACCACGAGUGCUCAAUAUAUGCGCAGUUGUUGCCGACGGAUAUCUACAAAAAGUUAUUGGUUAGUAAUUAAAGACCUGAUGAGAAUUAUUCUUUUCGAAUGCGAUGAAUUACAGUCGUCCGUUUUCCGUGCAAGCGAAAUGGGCGCCAGCAAGUACGACGUGAAACGUCUGGUGGAAGACUACGUGGAACGACUGGCCAAGGGCGGCAUUCUGCCCGAUGUCAACUCCAUUGAAACGCCAGAGGUUCUUAUAUUCUCUAUCCACCAGUAGCUUAGGUCAAAAGUACUAAAACGUUCUCUUUCUCUCACACUUGACACACGUGUCAAAUAAUGGUGAAAGGAGAUUUUGAAAACAAUUUUUCACUAGUCUGUCUCCUUUUUUUCCUUCUAUGCUACUUAUUUUGAGUCGUAGUGAAAUCGCAAAGAAACAUUUUGCAUGAAAUGGGUAUCGUUUUGUUCCAGCUUCCACUGGUCACUUUGCCUCCACAACUCAUUGCCUCACAAGGCUACCGUAACUCUCAGUCUUACCGAAAGUUCAGCAAGUACGGAGGACCAGUAGACUUGGCCGGCGAGUACAACAACCGCCAAUUACCAACCAACAUGUUGUUCCUCUCAAAUGAUUCACAAUUCAUAUCAGAAGAUUAUUCAGAUAUCCAACCUUGAUCGGUUUCCCUCAAACUGCCUAUGAGCGUCCGAGACCUCUUGUAGAAGAAAUUGACUACAACUAUCCUCCACCAUUUCCACUUGUCAGACCGUAAGUAGGUCCGUUUGUCAGUCAACAUUAGGUUCGGCAGGCUUCAAAUAUUCUAUCGAGAAUGUCGAACAACUUCAACUCAGAAAAUCCCAAAGUUUGCCUGAAAAUACCUUGCUUGUGCAAAAGUUAAUAAGGAAGUUUUUAUUUAUUUGCAUACAUUUUAAAUUCUAUUAAAUUUUAUAAACACACCUUUCUUUUCAGGUAAUUUCUUAGUUUUGGUGCGCAUUCUAUUAUAUUUCAUUUCCUCACACAACGCGCUCGUUUUUUUCGAAGUCUAAAUUUCGGUUCAAAAAGCGGAACAUUUUGAUCGAAGUGAUCUUUCUCGAUUUUCAGCACAAGCUACGACCUCAGCAAAUAUGGGCCGCCGACGCGUCAGUCCAUUCGGCGGCUGCGACUGAACAACGGUCGUCGACAGCCGUCAGUCGCGUCACGGCCACGAAUUCUUCCCGCCAACUUCUGCGACGAGGAAUGCGUCGCCGCCGCUGCCAAGGCUUCCGCCGCCGCCUCCUGA